AAACGAAUGAUUGAGUUUGGUUUGGUUUGGUUUCUUUCUCUCAUCUCUCUGUUUUUCUGAAGAACUAACACAUGUCGGGACCUCAGUGCUGCGAAAACCCGCCGACUCUGAACCCGGUUUCCGGGUCGGGUCAUGUCGAGAAGCUGGGUGGGCUUGAUGCCUACGUCUCCGGCUCUCCCGAUUCCAAGCUCUGCGUCCUCCUCAUUUCUGAUAUCUUUGGUUAUGAAGCUCCAAACUUGAGGGCGCUUGCGGAUAAGGUUGCAGCUUCUGGAUUCUAUGUUGUGGUUCCUGAUUACUUUGGUGGAGAUCCUUUUGAUCCCUCUAACCAGGACAGACCCAUCGCUGUCUGGAUCAAAGACCAUGGCUGGGAUAAGGGCUUCGACAACACCAAACCAGUACUUGAAGCUAUAAAGAACAAAGGCAUAACUGCCAUUGGAGCCGCAGGGAUGUGUUGGGGUGCUAAGGUAGUGGUGGAACUGUCUAAAGAAGAACUUAUUCAAGCAGCUGUUUUGCUUCAUCCUUCUUUUGUCACAGUUGAUGAUAUCAAGGCUGGGAAGGCUCCAAUUGCUAUAUUAGGAGCUGAGAUUGAUCAAAUGUCCCCACCAGCACUUUUGAAGCAAUUUGAGGAGAUUCUAGCUUCCAAACCCGAGGUGAAUAGUUACGUGAAGAUAUACCCGAAAGUGUCACACGGUUGGACAGUUAGAUACAGCAUCGAUGAUCCAGAGGCGGUUAAAGCUGCAGAAGAAGCUCACAAAGAGAUGCUUGAUUGGUUUGCAACAUACGUCAAAUGAUUUGAGAAAGAAAAGCUUUGUAAACUUCAUAUAUGCAAAGAAUAAAAAUUAAAGAGAGACAAAGCAAAACUCUUGGUUUGUAUUUCAGUUUCUACUUUUGAAGCAUUCUGUGAUACUCUUGGUUGGUUUGUUAAUCAUUGUUUUAUGAAUUAAAAUAGAGAUUUCUUC